AUGGCUGACCAAGCUACACGUCUGGAUGAUUUCCUCCUGGGUCGUUCGGGGUUGCACCGAGCAGCUGAGCAGGGCGAUGCGGCGGAGGUGCAACGUCUCAUCGAAGCUGGAGCAGAUUUGGAACUCCAGGACCAGACUUCUCUUCGCCGAAGACCUUUGCACUAUGCGGCCGAACAGGGAGACGUGGAGGUCGUCCAGCGGCUCUUGGCCGCGAAGGCUGCCGUGGAGGCGGAAGACGGUUUGUUCCGUCAAAGGCCCCUGCACUGGGCGGCCUACGGCGGCCACCGCCACGUGAUCGAGCGCCUCCUGGCGGCCAAAGCCGACGUGGAGGCGCAGACCGAAAGUGGCAACAGGCCACUUCACCUGGCGGCCAGGGAAGGCCACCCGCGCGUGGUGAAGAGACUCCUUGCAGCCAACGCAGAGGUCGAAGCAGAGAACCACGCAGGCGAGACGCCCUUCGACCGAGCCAAGCAGCGAGAAGAACGGACGGUGAUGGGCGUGCUGCGUCCCGUGCAUGUCCUGCUGAUGAGCGGACAAGACGUGUCUUGUGAUCCUCAGCCCGACCGCACGGUGCGGGAGCUCCGCGAGGAGGUGCAGAAAAAGUUGCAGCUUGAGAACACGAAGGUCCUAGAGCUGAUCGCAAGCUCUGGUGAGAAGUUGCGAGAUGAGCUGACUCUCAACGAAGCCAACGUGGAUUAUGGUGGCUUUCUAAGUGCUAUAGUUGCUCCUGGGGCGGUGAUGUCAGAGGACAUGGUGGAAGAAGUUGAGGAGUAUGCACCACAGAGUAAGUACGACUUGCAAGACCCAAAGCAGCUCAUCCAAUUUCUCCUGGAUGCAAACAUCGCUUUGGUGCGACUGGAAUAUUUGCAGGAGCUUCUUGCUGCAGGCCGAAGGUUCCUUCGUAGGCAAGAGGCAGAAGGUGAAUUUACAGCAGCUGGCCUUCCGGCACUUGUUCAAGCGUCAGAGCUGCAGAAGUUGGAGAUUGAUCCCCUUGGCAAUAUGAGUCUCUUUGUGAAGGAUCCCUCACCACGCAGGGUGACUGUGGUGAUUGAGUCCAUCUCUCACGCUUGGGAGAGCAUGGAGCAUCCAGAUCCGCAUGGGUUUCAACUGGACCAGAUCAUCCAGAGGUGUCCCACCAUCACAUCGACUCGGUCCGUAUGGCUGUUCUACGAUUUCAUGUCCCUGUAUCAGUACGGUGGCCGAACACCACCACAGGAGGGCUACUUCAGGCAGGCUUUGGAACAGAUGCACACCCUCUACGCCCAUGAGGCCAUCAAAGUACGGAUUCUGGAUGAGCUCACUCCUGAGACGUGGAAACAUCCAGGAACGGUGCUGGUUUUCUCGGAUCAGGCAGGCGGUCUCAUUGCCGUCUCCAUUGACCAGCUUAGAGCGAAUAGCACCCCGUAUUUGCUGAGAGGGUGGUGCCAAGCUGAACGCCAGUGGGCCCGGCUUCGGAUCUCGUUAGAAGCCUGUGUUCCCAUGCCGCCAGACCUCUUCCGUCGCAAGAUGGAGGAACAGGGGCUUCGUUUCACCCACCAUGAUGACAAAGAGACCGUGUUGAAGCUUCAAGCUCAGGUCUUCGCAGAAAAGGUGCGGACCACCAAGCAGCUGAUGGCAGAAAACUUGGAUGAAGAGGCUCUCAACACUCUUUGCGCCGCUUUGCCGUUCUAUGUCGAUCUGGAUGAGAUUGUGGUGAAUGGCAACGUAUUGCCAAGGAAUGCAGCUGUGGCAGUUGCCAAUACGAAUGCUCGCUCCUUUCAGAUGGAGUCAUGCGGGCUGAAAGAUGAAGAUGUCGAAGACAUUGUGGCCAGCUUGCUUCAUUGCAACAAAGUAGAGGAACUCAGGCUCGCGCACAACGACAUCGGGCACAGAGGCCUCCAAGCCUUACGAGAGUUGAAGAAAGCGAAGCCGGAUUUGUACAUCGAUGUACAGCUCGAUGACCAAGAAGUACGACAUGGAUAUUCUCUGAAUGCUUCCGCCAGGAUGACCCCAGAAAUGGCGAAUUAA